AUGCUGCGCGCUUUGUCGUUGCUGAUGCUGCGCGCUGUGUCGUUGCUGGGCGUCGCGCAUGCGUUGGCGCCGGCGCCCUACGAGACGCUGCGGGCGGCGCGGGUCGUCGACCCGGUCAGCGGCGCGACGACGAGCGUGCUCGAGCCCGGCCACGGGCCGACGCUCGUCGCCGUCGUGCCGCAGCUCGGCGAGUUCGACUCCUGCGAGUUCUGCGAGUUCCUCGCGGCGGCGCACGGCGACCUCGCCGCCGCGGGCGUCGAUCUCCGCGUCGUCGGCGUCGGCGACGCGGCCGCGGGCGCGCGCUUCGCGGCCUUCAUGGGUCUGCCCGACGGCGUGCUCCGCUGCGACGCGACCGCGGCGCUCCACGCGGCGCUGGACACGCGCCGCGGGCCCGGCUGGUCCGUGCCGGACUGGGUCUCCGACGGCGCGCUGAGAGUCGCGCUGUCGACGCUGCCCGGCGGCCCGCCCGACGACGCGGCGCACCUGCGGGCCGCCGGCGACGCCUGGCUCAACUACCUGCUCAUGUGCGCGGGCGUCGGCGCGCCGGGCACGCUGCCGGAGAUCCUCCGGGGCUACUUCGGCGACGCGUCGGCGCCCGAGCGCCUCGCGCCGGACGCCGUCGUGGAGGCCGCGGGCUUCAUCACGAUCGGGCCCGGCGUGGGACCCGUCAAGCUCGGGCCCUUCGCCUACGAGAACAGCUGGAAGGACGAGGCGGGCUACCAGCGGCCCGUCGAGCUGGCGACCGUCCGGCUCCGCCACAUGGUCGAGGUCCUCGGCAACUGGGACGCGUACGUGAGCGACAGCCGCUUCGUUGACCGGCGCGGCGCGACGUUCCUCUUCGACACCGAUGGCGCGACGCUCUACGAGUACGAGCACCGGGGCGUGCUCACCUACUCCGCGACGAUGGCGCGGCCGCUGUCGUUCCUCGCGCCCUACAUCGGCGCGAAGGCGCUCAACCCGCUCGGUCUGGGCGACAACGGGCUGGCCAAGGCGCCGCACUAA